UGGCGCCCACUGCCUGUAUGUCAGUGAGCGCAGCCGCAGUUUGAACCACCGAGAGACAAAGCGGAAGUAGGGGUGAAAUAGAAAUGGACGUGAGGCCGAUUUAAAUUUAUUAUUAGCCACAUCGGUGGUUUGUGUCUGGAUUUAACACCAUGAGGAUAAAUGAGAACACUUUACUGGAGGGGCACAACGCCGUGUUGGUUCCUUACAAUGCAGAGCACGUGCCCAGGUAUCAUGAGUGGAUGAAGUCUCCUGAGCUGCAGCAGCUGACUGCUUCAGAGCCACUGACACUGGAACAGGAAUACGACAUGCAGAAGAGCUGGAGGGAAGAUGAUGACAAGUGCACGUUCAUCAUCUUGGACAAGCAGCGAUGGGCGGACACCAGUGUAAAAGAGGAGCAAUGUAUGGUGGGAGAUGUCAACAUCUUCCUGACUGACCCCACAGACCCAUCCCUGGCUGAGUUGGAGGUCAUGGUAGCAGAGCCCAGUCACAGAGGCAAAGGCAUUGGGAAAGAGGUUACACGCAUGAUGAUGAGCUACGGAGUCACCAAACUCGGGGUCAAGAAGUUUGAAGUGAAAAUUGGGCUGGACAACCAGGUCAGCGUCGCCAUGUUCAAGAAACUCCACUUCCAGGAGGUGUCUGUAUGUAAGGUGUUCAAAGAGGUGACCCUCGAGAUGACGGUGGACGAGCCCGUCCGGGCGAGGCUGCUGGAUGACACCGCCGACAUGAAGGAGAGAGACUACAGACAGACCUGCAGCAACAGACAGGAGCUGGUGUCACCGUGAAGGGCUGAGCUGCACUCACACGUCCCAAAGACUUCCAGCAGUGAGAUCAUUCUGCACACAGAUGAGGGAAAUCUAGCGUGUGCUUUUACCUUUUUUAGACAUUUACCCACAUCGGGAGAGGUGGGAAGUACAUUUAUUCAAGUAAAGUUUUGAGGUACUGGUUCUUUAUGUCCGUAUUUUAAUUUUAGGAUACAUUCCACUUUUCCACCACUACAUUUCAGAAGGAAAUAUUUUACUUUUCACGCUAUUAUAUAUAAAAAUUAUGUUUUUGCUGCAUUUUUAGGCCUUUAUUUAUUUCCACAGGACAGAUGAAGACAUGAAAGGGGAGAGAGAGAGGGGGAAUGACAUGCAGCAUAGGGCCGCAGGUCGGAGUCGAACCUGCGUCCACUGCGUCGAUGAGUAAACCUCUAUAUAUGUGCGCCUGCUGCACCAAGUGAGCUAACCUGGCCAGUCAUGUUAAUAUAUUUAUCUGACAGCUGGAGUUACACUGCAUGGCCAAAAGUAUGUUAAACCAUGUCAAACCGUGGCUGUCAAUCUGCUGUUAAAACAGCCUCCACUCUUCUGGGAAAGCUUCCCAUAAGACUUCUCAUUCAGCCACAGGAGCAUUGAUGAGGUCGGGCAUUGAUGUUGGGUGAGAGAGCCUGUUCAUCCCAAAGAUGUUGGAUGGGAUUACAGUCAGGGCUUGUGUUUAGACAAGUCAAGUUUGCU